AUGGAAGCCAAGCUAAGAAGAGAUUGCUUGACUCUGGGAGAACACGGCUGUCAUGCUGACCCUAAAGAGUCCCUGUGCACAGUGAUCAGAAUGCUUCAGAUGGUAGCAGAACUUCAGGCUUUGGCAGCGGUGCCCUCCAGGGGGGUUCUCUACCUCUUUCUCCUCCUGCUCUACCUCCCCCUGGGCACCUCCUGCCCCCCAAAUUGCCAGUGCUCAGAUGGCAGUGGUCUGAUGACUGUCCACUGUAGUUCAAAGAACCUCAAAGAAAUCCCCAGGGACAUACCCAAGGACACUGUAUUCUUGAAGCUUGAUGCCAACCAGCUCACCCAGAUCCCAAGCCAUGCAUUCUCAGGCUUGACCCUCCUGCAGGAAUUAGACCUAUCCCAGAACACAAUUGAGAAGCUGGAUGCUGCGGCUUUUCAGGGUCUGUCAAGCGGCCUCAGGCUGCUGGACCUCUCCCACAAUCAUCUUCGGAGCCUUCCCAAGGAGGCACUGGGCAGGUUGAAAGCCAAGAUUCGCUUGUCACAUAACCCUUGGCAUUGCGAAUGCACCUUGCAGGAGGUCCUUUGGGAGCUGAAACUGGACCCUAUGUCAGUUAAUGAGAUGGCCUGUCAGACAUCUGUGCGGGAAGAAGCUGUAGGGAAGCCGCUGGUGCAAGUUCUUGACUCGGGAGCCAAUUUCUGCAGCUCCCGCCACAAGACCACAGACAUUGCCAUGUUCAUUACCAUGUUUGGCUGGUUUGCCAUGGUUAUCACCUACAUCAUACACUACGUGCGGCAGAACCAGGAAGAUGCCAGGAAGCACCUGGAGUACCUGAAGAACAUGUCUCCUGGCACCCUGGCCAUUGGCAGUGCUGCCAGCACAGCCCUGGAACUGUAG